AUGGCGAAUUCCAGUACGCAUUCACCACAGUAUCUUGCCGAGACGAACGACCCAGGUCUCGAUCAGCGCGGUAGCAUCGCGUUCAUUGUGAUUGAUACGUUCUUUUUGAUGGUAUUCUAUACUAGCCGGUAUCUCAAUCCCAAGGCGGUGGGAACGCCCAUGUUGAUUUGCAACACGUUGGCCUACGUACUUUGCCUAGGCAGCGCGGUAACGGGAAUCUUGAUGGUGCAGAUAGGAGGGGUGGGUUAUCAUGUGGCUGCCGUUCCCAUUACCACCUUCCAAACCUGGCUGAAGCUCUCGAAGGUUCUCGAAUUCACAUAUACGCCUGCGGUCAUGUUUGCCAAACUUGCCGCUCUGUCUUUGUACUAUCAGGUAUUCGAGAUCACUAUCUACCGGCGCAUAAUGAUCGGCAUCGGCAUAAUCAUCGUACUUCAAGGCGUCAUCUCUUUCAUCCUGGCUUUCUCGAUCUGCAGACCUUUCAGAUACUUUUGGACUCAAGCGGUCAACCCAAAUGAUGGGACAUGUGGAGACGUGAUGCUUUUCUACAAGAGCUACAGCAUCCCAAGCCUGGUCACAGAUGUCGCGAUGCUGGUGCUUCCGUGGCCGAUACUGCUAAAGCUUAAUGUCCAAACCGCAGACAAGAUUGGUCUCCUCCUGACCUUCUUAGCUGCUUCCAUCGGCAUCGUCACAUGCGCUCUCCGCUUUGUGGUGUUUUUCACAACGCCGCUGUUUUCAGACCCAACAUGGUACGCCUCUGGAGGCCCGAUGCUGUAUGCACUAGUGGAGCCAAGCAUCUACAUGAUUGCCUCGAUUCUUCCCACGACACGGCAUCUAUACCAUCGGUUGCGUACCCAGGCGCGACAAGCCGCGCAGUCCUUGACUUCGAACAGCGGUAGCAAUCCAAAGGAAUACAGCGCCACCGAUCCAGAUGUCGAACUGGCGCGCUUUGAUAAAAGCAAAUCAAGCAGUCGUAAACUCACGCGACGAGGCGAGCUCUCAACGUGGCAGACCGACACACGCUCUAGUCAGGAAGGAUUGACCCUCGAGGACCACAGCUGUACCGAGACGCCGAGCGCCUACAGCGCGCACAAGCAUGAGGCCUGCGCAUACUAA